CGGCCCGGGCCCGGCCUGGGCGACCCCGACAUCGUCAAGUCCCCCAGCGACCCCAAGCAGUACAGGUACAUCAAAUUGCAAAAUGGAUUAAGUGCACUAUUGAUUUCGGAUUUAAAUAACAUGGACGGUGCUCCUUCUGCACUGUCUUCAGAAGGAGAGGAUGAUGAUGAUGAAUCAGAAGAUGAAAGUGAUGAGGAUGAUGACUCUGGGGCAGAAAUUGAAGAUGACAAGGAGGAUUAUGAUGAUGAGGACUGUGACGAUGAGGAGGAAGAGGAAGAAGGUGAAAAUGAUGAUGGAGAGGAACUCAAUGAUCCUGACAGUGAAUUAGAAGAACUAGCAGAAAAGGAAGAGACAAGAAAGAGGGGCUGUACAGAAAAGCAGUCUGCAGCUGCCCUUUGUGUUGCUGUUGGUAGUUUCUCUGAUCCUGAAGAUCUGCCUGGAUUAGCACACUUUCUGGAGCACAUGGUAUUUAUGGGCAGUUUGAAGUAUCCAGAUGAGAAUGGCUUUGAUGCAUUUCUGAAGAAACAUGGGGGCAGUGACAAUGCUUCCACUGACUGUGAAAGGACUGUCUUUCAAUUUGAUGUACAAAGGAAAUACUUCAAAGAAGCUCUUGACAGGUGGGCACAGUUCUUCAUUCACCCAUUAAUGAUCAGAGAUGCGAUUGACCGGGAAGUUGAGGCUGUGGACAGUGAGUAUCAGCUAGCAAGGCCCUCUGAUUCAAACAGAAAAGAGAUGUUAUUUGGAAGCCUUGCCAGACCUGGGCAUCCUAUGAAGAAAUUCUUUUGGGGUAAUGCAGAAACUCUCAAACAUAAGCCCAAAAUGAAUAAUAUUGAUACCUAUACCAGGCUGAGGGAGUUCUGGCAGCACUAUUACUCUGCUCACUACAUGACUUUGGUUGUCCAGUCCAAAGAAACUCUAGAUACUUUGGAAAAAUGGGUGACAGAAAUCUUCUCGGAGAUCCCAAAUAAUGGUUUUUCCAAACCCAACUUUGGCCAUCUGACGCAACCAUUUGACACACCAGAAUUUCACAAGCUUUACAGAGUUGUUCCGAUCAGAAAAAUUCAUUCACUGAGCAUCACCUGGGCACUUCCCCCUCAGGAACAGCAUUACAGGGUGAAGCCACUUCAUUACAUUUCAUGGCUGGUAGGUCAUGAAGGCAAAGGCAGUGUUCUUUCCUUUCUUAGGAAAAAGUUUUGGGCUCUUGCAUUAUAUGGAGGAAAUGGUGAGACAGGAUUUGAACAGAAUUCCACCUACUCUGUGUUCAGCAUUUCUGUUACUUUGACUGAUGAAGGCUACAAGCACUUUUAUGAGGUUGCACAUGUUGUAUUUCAGUACCUGAAGAUGUUACAGAAAAGAGGGCCAGAUAAGAGAAUUUGGGAAGAGAUACAGAAGAUUGAAGCUAACGAAUUUCAUUAUCAAGAACAGACUGAUCCUGUUGAUUAUGUGGAAAGCCUUUGUGAAAAUAUGCAGUUGUUUCAGAAGGAGGACUUCCUGACAGGAGACCAGCUUCUGUUUGAAUACAAGCCUGAAAUCAUUGCUGAUGCCCUUAACCAGCUGUACCCACAGAGAACCAACCUUGUUCUGUUGUCUGCUGCCAAUGAAGGACAGUGUCAUUUAAAGGAGAAAUGGUUUGGCACACAAUACAAUGUGGAAGAUGUUGACAAAUACUGGAGUGAUCUAUGGGCUAGUGACUUCGAGUUAAAUGAGGAUUUGCACCUUCCAGAAGAAAACAAAUACAUAGCCACCGAUUUUGCUCUGAAGGCACCCGACUGCCCUGAGACGGAAUAUCCAGUCAAAAUACUGAGCACGCAGCAAGGCUGUCUGUGGUACAGGAAGGAUGAUAAAUUCAAAAUUCCCAAAGCGUACGUACGUUUCCAUCUGAUCUCUCCACUGAUACAGCAGUCAGCAGAAAAUGUUGUGCUGUUUGAUACAUUUGUAAACAUCCUUUCCCACAACCUUGCUGAACCUGCGUAUGAAGCGGAUGUGGCUCAACUGGAAUACAAGCUGGUAGCUGGAGAGCACGGUUUGAUCAUUCGAGUGAAAGGAUUUAAUCACAAACUACCUCUGCUGUUUCAGCUAAUCAUUGACCACUUGUCAGACUUCAGUUUUACUCCAGCUGUUUUUGAGAUGAUAACGGAGCAGCUGAAGAAAACUUACUUUAAUGUCCUCAUCAAACCGGAGACGCUGGCCAAAGAUGUGCGUCUCUUGAUUUUGGAGCACAGCAGAUGGUCUAUGAUAGAUAAAUACGAGACUCUAAUGAAAGGCCUUUCCAUUGAAUCGCUCUCAGCCUUUGUCAAGGCUUUCAAGUCUCAGCUCUUUGUAGAGGGUCUUGUACAAGGAAACUUCACAAGCCGAGAGUCAAAGGACUUUUUGAAUUACGUUGUUCAAAAGCUGCAGUUCGUUCCCCUCGCACACCCGUGCCCUGUCCAGUUCCGGGUGGUGGACCUGCCAAACACGCACCUGCUCUGUAAGGUGAAAGCCCUCAACAAAGGUGAUGCCAACUCAGAAGUGACGGUCUACUAUCAGUCGGGGGCUAGGAGUUUACGAGAAUACACCCUCAUGGAGCUGCUUGUGAUGCACAUGGAGGAGCCUUGCUUUGACUUCCUGCGAACCAAGCAAACCCUUGGCUAUCAAGUGUACCCUACCUGCAGAAAUACUUCAGGCAUCCUUGGCUUCUCUGUUACUGUGGCAACACAAGCAACUAAGUACAAUUCUGAAUUGGUUGACAAGAAGAUAGAAGAAUUCCUUUCCUGCUUUGAAGAAAAGAUUAAGCAUUUAAGCGAUGAAGCUUUCAGCACUCAGGUCACAGCACUAAUAAAGCUGAAAGAAUGCGAAGAUUCCCAUCUGGGGGAAGAAGUGGACAGGAACUGGCAUGAAGUGGUGACGCAGCAGUACCUCUUCGACAGGCUUGCUCGUGAGAUUGAAGCACUGAAGUCUGUUACCAAAUCAGAUCUGGUUGCCUGGUUCCAGGCUCACAGAAAGAGCGAGAGGAAAGUGCUCAGUGUUCAUGUGGUUGGAUUUGGAAAACAUGAAGGGGACUCAGAAGUGACAGCUGUCUCUGAGAUUCAGAACUCUUCAUGUGAUGAAAUACCUCAGCUAACUUUCUUACCCCCAUCCUCCUUGAUGGCUAACGUCACUUGUAUCAAGGACAUCAAGGCUUACACAUCCACUCUGACUGUUCUCCCGUACCAUAAAAUAUUAAAAUAAAUGUCCUCCUGCCCUGCAAUUAUGUGUAGCUUAAGUUAUUUAAAAUUUGAGGGAAUUCAUUUAGUUGCAAAUGAAUCUGUACUGAUAACACUAGGCAAGAUCACCCUUGCUAAAAUUAAAUUCCUUGAGAAUUUGUUCUCAUACAGCUGCUGUAAAUCAGCCACUGUUUUGGAUCUCACAUUUUCCUUAAAAAAAUGCCUAUAGAGAUGAGAUUACUAUAAGUGUCUUUUUCUUAAAUCAAGUCUUUCUUCUCAGUUCAGAAUAUCAGUUCAGCAAAUUACCUGCCCUAAGUUACACAGUGACCUUUAGAACCUCUUCUGUCCGGGCCGCCGUGUCCACUGCAUGAUUCUGACCAUGCUACGAGGACUGGAGAGGGUACUUGUGCAUCUACCACUGUGUCUUUAUUUUACAUUUAUGAAUUUUUUUUCAGCUCAAAUUAAACUGCAGUAUUUAAAUUUCAUUAGAAUGUAACUGUAGCAGCAGUUGCCAGUUCUCCCUUUUCCCUGUUAAGUAGUAAGGAAGAAGAUGGGGUAGAGGGAGAAGUUUUAGCGGUAUGUUGGCAGAAAACAUAUUGUAAGUGUGAACUUUGUUAAUCAUUUAGAGCAUGGCCAAGAGCUAUUUGAUUGGAGAUCAUCCAUCAAGUAAGAUUUUCAGUCUAGUUAUGGCAGUCUGUCCUCACUUUGAAGUAUGGACAAGAGUGAAUUUUACUAAAAGAAUGGCAACUGCUGCUACAGAACAGAAAAGUGAAACCAAUGCAUGUUACAAGCUGGUUUUUAUUGCUACUUCCUGACCUAUGAGUAGCUGUCUUCAGAACAGGAAUGUGGUCAAAUCAGUUCAUAGCUUACAAGUCUUCCACUACCAACCAGGGGGGGAAGAAAGCACCUUCAACAUAAGUCAGGUGGACUAUUCUUGUCCCAAGAAAUUAAGAUUUCCCUUUGCGGCAGGGAAAAGUACUUCAUCUUAUUGGGAAUCACCCUUGGGUAGAUGACCCUCUUCUCUGCAGCCAUAAGGGACAGGACUAGGAUCAAUGGCCUCAAUGUAGCAGAGGAAGUAUAGUCUAGAAAUGGGGAAGAACUUAUAGAGUAGGAGCAGGAAGGGGAAUCAAGCAUGGGGACAGGCUGGCUAGAGACUUACAGAAUCUUCAUCCCUCACGUUUGUCAAGAGCAGGUUAGACAUUUGCCUGGGCUGGCUUAGUCAGGGAUGAUCCUGCCUUGAGUGUGCAGCUGGACUAGCUGACCUCCUGCCGUCCCUCCCAGUCCUACUUCCCCAUGAUCGCAAGGUGCUGCCCUUACUCCAAGAUGGAGUCCUCCCUUGCUGAAGCUCCCAACUGGUAGAUGUAGAGUAGUGUAAACUAAAAUACUAAUUUACUGCACCAGAAGCGUUUGCAUGGCUUCGACUUGACAAGACUGGAGUUCAGAGGGGAUACAUUUAAGGCACCAUGUUAGCAUUGUACAGUAGUAGACUAGUGGGUAUUCUAGUCUGUACGAGGAGAGACUAGCCGAGAGAGUAACAAGUGUCACUCUGAUAUUGUUCACCUCUUAAAUAAAUUGCACUGGAAUUACUCCAGUGGCUUUUCUGGCCAGCACCAAGGUGCUGGGAACUCCCACUGUCCUCUCCAGGUGCAAGGGGAGUAACGUGAAACACUUAAUGCCCAGCUUUUCCAUUUCGCUAGCAAAGCUCAGGGGUAAAAAAAAUCAAACUGCUGCUCACUACCAUUUUCAAAGCACCUUGAGGACUUUGUAGGCUAAAUUCCUUUAAAUCCCAUUCUUAAGUGACUUGUGUUCUUCUGGAAGUUUUACUUGCUCUCUAUAUAAACAGCAAUGCUAAUUUUUCACAAAAAUUGUUUGCCAUAUACUGAAUAGUUGGAAGUCUUUUUAACUCAUAGCUCAGUUUCAAAACAAUCUUGCUGUAAAGGUUUAUUAAGAAAUCAAUAAAUACAAAUCCAUAAGA